AUGUUUGCAAUUAGAGCAUUUUUUAAUUUAUCACCAAGUAUAUCUAGUCAUUCAUUAGCAAAUGCAGUAAGAAACUUACACAGGACAAAUAUAUUUAAUCAAGUGAAUAAAGCAAACAGUGAGAAACAAAGAAACCUUCGCUCUACAUUGUAUUAUAUAACUGCUGCUGGAGUUAUUACUGCAGGAUUCAGCUAUGCUGCAGUACCUCUUUAUAGAAUGUUCUGCCAAGCCUACAGCUAUGGGGGCACCAUGUCAGAAGGACAUGAUGCAUCCAAAGUGGAAUCAAUGAAAUCUGUCAACCAUAGGCCAAUAAAAAUCAAAUUCAAUGCUGAUAUUGCAGCCAGUAUGAGAUGGAAUUUUAAACCACAACAGCAUGAAAUUACUGUGAUGCCAGGUGAAACUGCAUUGGCAUUUUACACUGCAAGAAAUCCCACUGCUGUGCCUGUAACUGGCAUCAGCACUUAUAAUGUUGUUCCAUUUGAGGCUGGCCAAUACUUCAAUAAAAUUCAGUGCUUUUGUUUUGAGGAGCAACAAUUGAACCCUCAUGAACAAGUUGAUAUGCCAGUAUUUUUCUAUAUUGAUCCAGAAUUUGCUGAUGAUCCUAAAAUGGAAUUUGUGGAGGAAAUCACAUUGUCAUACACAUUCUUUGAGGCAAAAGAUGGCAUCCAUUUACCAGUUCCUUCAUAUGUUAAAUAGUUGUUAAAUUUGAUUGAAUAGAGUAUUAUUUAGUGUU